GCGCGUGGGUGUGGAUAUACGACACGUGUUACCUAUAGCUGAGCCAGUUUACACAGUAAGAGUCCGUAUCGACAGUGCUGUACAGGUAGUAGCGAGCCAGCUGUAAUAGUACUAGUACUGGUGCUGUCGCUGCCGCUACUGCUGCUGCUGCUGUUGCUGAACACAGUGAGAAAAACGUCAAUGUGUUUGCUUUUGCCUGAACGAAUAACAUGGGACUUUAGGUAAGGAACAUAAAGAUUUCUGUGCUGGAGACCAGCCAAUGUUGACCGUGACUGAGGGGAAACGGAAUAACAAUACACACACAAGGCUAACAACAAAUACAACAUCCGUCGAACGCCAUGUCCUUUCGUUCCUUGGAGCGUGCAGGAGUCACUGUGUCUCGGUGGUCGCCACAGCUCACUAGCAUUUUGUUCUGAAAGUUUGUUCGACCAGCACGUCGAUUGGGAACCCAUUCCUAAGUGAGCAAAGACGUAUGAUGAGUUUUAGCCAAUCGUGGCUGCAUUAUGGGAUGUGACGUCAGCAAAAGUGUUGAAGUCAAUGACGUCAAUAUAGCUGAAGACGAGGCGGCCGAUUUCUCCGACAACCAAAUCGACACCAUCCGGAGUACUUGGCCAAUCCUAUCACGUGACAUGGUUGGCAUCGGAGAAAAGGUUUUCUUCCGGAUAUUUCUUGAAGAACCGAAGAUCAAAACAGUUUUUAAAAACUUCUCGUAUAUAGAUGAAAACAACUUGAGACAGUCGAAAAUAUUCAUAGAUCACGUGACAAAGUUCAUGCAGGUAGUGGAUUCGGUCGUGGAUAGUUUGGAGAAGCCAAAGACUGAAAUUCAACAUACUCUGCUGAUGCUUGGUGCGAAACACGCCACCUUCGACGGUUUUGACAUUGAACAUUUCGCUGUGUAUAUAAAAGUGUUGAUGAGCGUCUGGGAGACAGCGAUCGGAGAGGAAUUUAUACCGGAAGUGCGCGAAAGCUGGAAUAUAGUGUUUACGUACAUUGUCCGAUAUCUCUGUCAAGGUUACGAACUUUUUAUCCUGGAGACUGAACUUGAUAAACCGUGUAAUGGCAAUUCAAGCGUAACGUAACACUAUAUAUCUAUGGUUAUAAUUUUCAAAAAGCUUCGAUGAGAUGUUUCAAAACCAGACUCGCUCAACGAGUCGUUAACACAGAUAUUCAAAGUAUUAUUUUUGAGAAAAUAUCUGAAAAUUUACAAAUAUUUUUGUAUCUGCUGUCUAUGCGCGAGCAUUAUUAAUCCCAGUACAUGCAGGUUUAAUUCUGAAUUUUAAUAUUUUUGAAAAUAUACGAGAUGAGUUAUUUGUGUUAAUUUGGCGUUGAGGUUGUCAGGGUUUAAGCAUAUGGAUCGAUAUCCAUAAUUUAGGAAUGUGGUUUUUGACUGGAUGAUAUUUAUUUGUGUUGAACUAUUCGUUUACAGGUACGUAGUGAAAUUGUAUAAAGUUUCUUUUACCAACUAGAUCCGUUUUUUUCAUUCUGAUUUUUCUAUAUUAAUUGAUAUUACUCAUGUAAACCAAACUGUAAUUCGAACUCGUAAUCGGUGAAGCUAAAGUAAGUCUAUGUGAACUCCGUGUAUUGUCAAGUCAUCCAAGGGAAAACCUGGUUAGUAACAUCGAAACCACAAAAGCACACAGAACAGUAUAACAAUAACAUCGAUCUCCAGUUAGCGCAAACAAAAGAAACAUUUCCAAAUAGGACCAUAAUGACACCAUAAACAUUUACAACAACUUUUAUCAACCUGCAAAAACGUCAAUUAGCGUUUCAGCUUCCACAUAUAUGAUUAAAGACGUCACGGGUAUUUGUCAGGUUUUGUGACAUCCCUGAUAUCAUUUUUAUAUCGUGAUACAGACAGUAAAUUAGGUUUGGUUUAAUUUUGUUUAACGUCCUAUUAACAGCUAAGGGCAU